AAUUGACAUUGGCUUAUUUAUAUUUUAAUUUGUCUUUUAUUAUUUCCAAAACUGAAAUAUUUAACAGUGUAACCAACUGUCAAUCGACUUCGAUCUGUCAUUCUACACCGUUCUGUUUUUGUUUUUAUGUUACGCCGAUCGUCAGAGUGCUGUUCAGUGUUCAUUUUAGUGCUAAACAAUGUCGUUUUAUAAUCGUGCAUGUAAACUUAAUCAAUUCUCCCGGUUGCUACACUCCAUCCCCAGUAAUCUCGCAUCGAAUUCCACCCGUUCUUGCUCAGGAGUUGUUACAUCCCGGUUCCGGGAGCCAUCAGAACCAAUUCUACAGCAGCGACUAUUGCCACUAGGGUGCAACACAAUACAAAGCAAUGGCUGCUCCUUCCAUUGUUGCCACAAGAGAAGUUUCUCCACCGAAGCGCCUGACCAGAUUCCGCCCCGCGGGCGCGGACGUACCCUUCCUAAGCUGAUGGACUUUCCGGAAAUCAUCUGGCCAUCCGUUAUGAAAUCCGUUAAAAAUUGGAUUAUGGUUCACUUCAUCAUCCGGCCGUACUUCGAUCGGGAGUUCAGUCUGCCGGACUUCGUUCAAGGAGCUAAACAGGCGCUGCAGGUUGUCUCGGCGUCCCUUGCCGGAGGAGAAAUAAAAUCCCUGCAUGGACUUGUGGAUCGGACGGCACUGAACGAUUUGAAGUACUCAAUUGAAAAGAUGUCGGUUGCGCAACGAUACGACUUGAUGGUACUAAAAGAAGACAUCUACUUUUCGUUUCCCUAUCAGGUCGGCGUAAUGUUUGACGAAGAAGACGAGGAAAGCCAAAAGCGAUUCGUCGAGAUAACAAUGGUGUUCCACGUGCUGAAAGGCUUAAAAGACAUGGUCGAAAGAGGAGAGUCGAUCCCGUUGAAUAUCGGGGUAAUGCCAGAAUACCGGGACAAAAUCAGUAUCUGCAACUACCGUUUCAUCAAAGAGUUCACCAAAGGCGUCGAUUCGGACUGGACUGUUAACGUGGUGAGUCACUUCAAGCCCAGUGAUCUGCUAGACGAAUGAGAACGCAUAGUUUGCGUAUCCGAUAACGAGGGAAACCUAUCUUUCCUUAGCUAGUGUGGGACUGUGUACAUUUUGUGAAUAAAUAAUGAACGCGAAGACAAGAAUUGUCAUCAAGUUACAUUUA